AUGAUGGAGAGAGAAAGCUUCCUUUUAAAUGAAAAAAUUAAAUUCGACGAGUUUAACAAAAACGUUGAAGAAGAAUAUAAAAGAAAGUUUUGUACAGUUAACAGAAUAGAUGAAUAUUUUGAAGACAACCCGUCUGCUCAGUCGUCAUUAUCUACGUCAUCCUCUACACUAUCCUCUGCACUAUCCUCUGCAUCAUCCUCUUCAUCGUCCUUGUUGGAAAGAAAGAAAAAAGAGAACACAUAUUUGUACAAGAGCAUAUCCCCAUUUGUGAACUUGGUAAAACAUUUUUAUUCAUCUGUAAGGCUUAUAUAUGAACCGAAGAUAUAUCAUCUUUCGAUUUUUCUAACAGGAUUAUGGGCAUACAAGAAUAUAAAAUGCAUAAAUAAAUUAUUGUUUUAUAAGUAUAAUGAUAUACACUAUCAGAUAACGAGACCGGACUCCCUGAAUAGUAGGCAAAGAGCAUUUAAAGUUUUAGUUAUUGGAGGUUUAGUUCUACCUUGUUCUUUUAUUACAUUUGCAUUAUUUGAUAUAAACAAAUCAAAGAAUAAUUCCAUGUUCAUCAAAAACAUAGAAAAAUCGUUAUCCGAACAGACGUGCACUAGUAUCAUUCCGUAUACCUUAAGGAGGGACAUAUCGAAAAAGGUGCGCGCAUUUAAGGAAAAAACUUUAUUAUUUGCAAAGGACUUAGCGGAAAAUAAUAAUUUCAAAAAGUUAUCACAGGAAUACCACACGAAUGUGGAAAAAAGAUUAUGCAAAUAUAAUUUAAAAAAAGAUUAG